CCUCUUAUUAUUUUCCACUCAGUUUCUCGCAGUUUAAAAUGGCGGCGUUGAGCAGCGCCGAGUCCCCACCGCCCGUCUUUAACGGAGACACCGCGGAGCGGGAGCCGGACAGGGACCGGGGCCUGGAGGAGCUGGGCGCCGGGCUGGACUCGUCCUGCACGUCGGGGAUCCCCGGAGGUCCGCAGGAUGAGGAGAUCUGGAACAUCAAACAGAUGAUAAAGUUGACACAAGAACACUUAGAGGCUCUUCUGGACAAGUUUGGAGGAGAACACAAUCCUCCUUCCAUAUAUCUAGAGGCAUAUGAGGAGUACACCAGUAAACUGGACGCCCUGCAGCAGAGGGAGCAGCAGCUGCUGGAGGCCAUGGGCAACGGCACGGACUUCUCGUGCUCUCCUUCCCCCAUGCCAGCCCUUCUGGAGGUCAAGAUGGGAGGCUGCAGGGAUGGAGGGGGCGCUCAGGCCUUUCCCUCAGCACCCAACACCUUGGCUGUGCUGCAGACCCCCACCGACGCCAGCCGAGCCAACCCUCGCUCCCCUCAGAAGCCCAUUGUCAGGGUCUUCCUGCCCAACAAACAGAGAACAGUGGUCCCGGCCCGCUGUGGGAUGACUGUGAGAGACUCGCUGAAGAAAGCUCUGAUGAUGCGAGGCCUCAUUCCAGAGUGCUGUGCAGUCUACAGGAUACAGGACGGAGAGAAAAAGCCCAUUGGCUGGGACACAGACAUCUCCUGGCUGACAGGAGAGGAGUUACAUGUAGAAGUGUUGGAGAAUGUGCCACUCACCACACACAACUUUGUGAGGAAGACCUUCUUCACACUGGCCUUCUGCGACUUCUGCAGAAAGCUACUGUUCCAGGGUUUUCGCUGUCAAACCUGUGGCUACAAAUUCCACCAGCGCUGCAGCACCGAGGUUCCCCUUAUGUGUGUCAACUAUGACCAACUAGACUUGUUGCUAGUGUCUAAGUUCUUCGAGCAUCACCCGUUCACCCAGGACGAGGUCUCCUCAGAGGGAACCACCCCUGUGUCUGAGGCCUGUCCGUCACUCCCCCCGUCCGACUCCACCGGGUCUAUAUGCCACACCACUGUGUCCCCGUCCAAGUCCAUACCCAUCCCGCCCAGUUUCCGGCCCAAUGAGGAGGACCACCGCAACCAGUUUGGCCAGCGGGACCGUUCGUCCUCUGCCCCCAAUGUCCAUAUCAAUACCAUCGAGCCUGUCAAUAUCGAUGACCUGAUUCGAGAUCAGGGCUUACCGAGAUCUGAGGGCAGCCCCCCGACCCACCCCGCCCGCUGCUUGAGGAAGCACCGAACACGGACCUCAAGCCCCCUCCUAUACUCCUACCCCAAUGACAUAGUGUUUGAUUUUGAGCCCGAGCCUGUUUUCCGAGGCUCCACUACAGGGCUGUCAGCGACGCCUCCCGCCUCUUUACCCGGCUCCCUGACCAACGUCAAGGUCCCCCAGAAGUCGCCGUGCCAACAGAGGGAGCGGAAGUCCUCAUCCUCGUCUGAGGACCGCAAUAAGAUGAAAACCCUGGGGAGGAGGGACUCCAGUGACGACUGGGAAAUCCCUGAGGGUCAGAUCACUCUGGGUCAGAGGAUAGGGUCUGGAUCCUUUGGAACUGUCUUCAAGGGCAAGUGGCAUGGGGAUGUGGCAGUGAAGAUGUUGAACGUCACUGCUCCCACACCACAACAGCUUCAGGCCUUCAAAAAUGAAGUGGGAGUUCUCAGGAAAACGCGUCACGUGAACAUCCUACUGUUCAUGGGCUACACUACCAAGCCUCAGCUGGCCAUAGUGACCCAGUGGUGCGAAGGAUCCAGUCUGUACCACCACCUGCACAUCAUCGAGACCAAGUUUGAGAUGAUCAAGUUGAUCGACAUUGCCCGGCAGACCGCUCAGGGCAUGGAUUACCUUCAUGCCAAAUCAAUCAUCCACAGAGAUCUGAAGAGCAACAAUAUUUUCCUCCACGAGGAUCUGACAGUGAAGAUUGGUGACUUUGGUCUGGCUACAGUCAAGUCCCGCUGGAGUGGCUCCCACCAGUUUGAACAGCUGUCUGGCUCUAUACUGUGGAUGGCUCCAGAGGUGAUCCGGCUGCAGGACAAGAAUCCCUACAGCUUCCAGUCAGACGUCUACGCCUUUGGCAUUGUGCUGUACGAGCUCAUGUCGGGAGCUCUGCCCUAUUCCAACAUCAACAACAGAGACCAGAUCAUAUUUAUGGUGGGUCGAGGUUACCUGUCUCCUGACCUCAGCAAGGUGCGCAGCAACUGCCCAAAGGCAAUGAAGAGACUGAUGGCUGACUGCCUGAAGAAGAAGAGAGAGGAGCGACCUCUCUUCCCUCAGAUCUUAGCAUCCAUCGAGCUGCUGGCUCGCUCAUUACCCAAAAUCCACCGCAGCGCCUCAGAGCCUUCGUUAAACCGAGCCGGCUUUCAAACGGAGGACUUCAGCUUGUACGCCUGCGCCUCACCCAAAACCCCCAUCCAGGCUGGCGGCUAUGGGGAGUUUUCAGCAUUUAAGUAAGUGCUGCAGAUCCCACCAGUCCAUCCCUCGUCACUUCUCAAAAGUCUCGUGUCCAUAUGGUGGAUUCAUUCAUUACUGAAAAAACAAAUAGUCUCAAAGAAUGUGCAUUUUUCUUCCUCUUUCAACCUGAAGAAGGCAGCCUCAUUGGAGUCCUUCCAACAAAAAGCUGUCCAGCAGGCAAACAGCCACAGUGGCAGCAAAACUGAAUUAGGGAAAAAAAGAAGAAAAAAAAAAAAAGAAACUUGAAUGACACAAAAGAAAAACAAAACAACGCAAAGGUAUCCAUACCAAAAGAGUUUUAAGAGAAGAUGGAAAACUCCACAGAUCGACUUGCCUGCUGGAGGGAAAAAAUGAAGGCCAAAGGAAGGAGAGACGAAGGUGGAACAGGAGAAGUCGAGGCUUUUGGGCGCCACUCGUCCUGUCAUUUCCCGCGUUGAGGAGGCAGGCUGGUUAGUCAGCCGGGCUGCUGAACUGCACUUUGAGCGACUGCAGAGCGGGGCCUGUGGAAGGAGAAGAGGCCUCCCGUCCGUCGGGUGAGAUUGAAGGCCAAGGUGUUAGCCCGUCCCUGAGAUGAGCUGGAGGUCAAUCAGCAGGGGUUAACCCCCAAAGGAAGAUAACUUGAAAGAUAGAUCUAUUUUUAUUUUUUCAUUUUUGUUUAUCAUAUUUUAGGUUUUAGCUUGAGCUCUUUUUUGUUAUUUGUUUAAUUUGCAGCACAGGCCGUUGUUUUGUUUUUUCUUUUCUUGGGCUUAAUGCUGACCAAAUUCUGCCCCCAACAGAUUUGACACCCACGAUGAAACAGCAACAGUUAUUUAUCAAUUGAAAGAUUUUGCUCUAACCUUCACAUGUAAGCAGGGGAAGCAGGUCUUUGUGUAGAUGUCCUGUAGGAACUGUUGGGAAGAAAAAUUUGUUUGGUGACGGAAGCUGCACAAGAUGGAUUUCUCAUUCUAUUUAAAAGGCCUGGUCUAAAGCCAACAAACGAGCUAUGUGUUAAUUAGUAAGCUUUAGAGGUGUUUGAAAGAUGUUGCUCCAGAGAUGCUCUACCUUUUCAAAGGAUUUCACGUGUGUAUUAGCAGCAGAAGUGGUUCUUUCUGUAAGAUUUCUAGUAGAAAAGUGUUCUGCCGGGCUGUUCAUAGGGAGGGAAAGCACAGAUUUGCUCGGAGGUGGAAGGGUUCUCUUUCUAACCUGGCCAAGCUGCUGCUAAGCAUUUAUACUGAGCUGAGGAGUGUGUACAGGCUUCUCUAAGCUUUUAAGUUUUUACACAGCAUCUUUGCAACAAAGCUUUUCCAAGUGCAUGUCGUGUCAUUGUUUUUUCUCUCUUUUUCUUUUUUCUUUCUUUGACCAUGUGGCUUUAAUAUUGCACUUGGCUUAAAAUGGGACCUUACCUGUUGCAGCUGCUGACUGUCGGGCUGCAGCAUUACCUGCUGAAAGGACCAGUGAUCCUCUGUUAGUCUGUUCUUUCAAUCACAUCAUUUUACUUUCUCUACACACAUGCGCCUGUAUUUCUUUUUCUCAUUCCAGCCUGUGUUAAGGGUUGUAGGUGUUUAUUAUAGGUUCUUUUUGUUUUAUCGUCGAUGUUUGCCUUUUUCUGUACAGGCAGGCCUGCAGAUAUUUACUUAUUUAUGUGAUUUUUUUGAUUUUUGUUUAAUGGAUUUAUUUUCAGAACCGCUUAUUUGAAGCUACCAGUCUUUCUUUUGACUCUUGUUUAAGUCUUUGUGACUCGUGUACUUGCACUUUGUAGAGAUGGAUCGAAGCAAAUUAGCAACUUGCCUUUACUUUUUUUUAUUGAAGAAUAAAUUGUGACAUAAAGAGCUGAUGACCCAAAAUUCAAUUUCCAAUGCUCAAGUCAUCUGCAGGGGCUGAUCUGUGAAUAUUUUAAUGGGAAGGCUCAGUUGUCAUCGAAGGACUGUCUCCAGUCCCUAGCAGCCGAGCAUGUCACCAGAAUGACACUGCUGGCCUGAUGAGUUGAUGUGAUGAGGUAGAGCACACAGUGUCCACCCAAACACUGACAGACCAGUUCUUUGCAAUUAUCAAGGAUCAUGUACAUCUUUCCAUCAUUAACUAAGCCACAGGCACCAACCCCCACAACAAUCUGAUUACAUGUUAGGAAAUACAUCUAAGCCAUUAGUCCCAUCUUUGUGUGUCCAGGAACCAGGCUGUGUUGAGUUUUGCCUAGCUUAGCACAAAAGCUGGAAAUCGGUGGAAACUGCCAGCCCUGUCCCGGUAACAGUCUGACUACUCAUCACAGCCCUGGAUUACCACUUGCUGUAAUUUAGACACCGUGGGCACCUCAUAAAAUGUGUCCAGGAAGCAUAUUGAAUAUAAACUGUUAGGAAAUCUGUGUAGAAGGUGGGAAAAUCUAUGUAUUUUGGUGCCUGGUUUUUUCCCCCUCUCUCAAAAAUGGAUAAGAAGAUUGCCUCCCUUCUAGUGAGUUUGUAUUGUUAACCUUCUUCCUUACAAAUUUUAUGAGCUGUUCAGUGGUCACCCGUAAUGCCUCAAGGCAUAAAAGUAGUACACAAAUACACAUUUAAACAUGAAAUCGGGAGUAUCUGUGGACUGGAUGUAUAAAGAUGACAUUUAUGUUAGCAUUUUACGGCUGCAGACAAAAUGUCCCAAAGUGUGAUUCAAUAUUUGAAGAGUAACAAAACCCAAAUCGGUGUGAAGCCUGAUAUCCACUGGUGAAAGCAGGGUACAGUAUGUCCAUCUGCUAUUGGCUGGACUAUGUAGAUAGAGGUGCACUUAAGUCCCGCCCCUUUUGCUCUGUGCAACUUUCUGAACUUCCUCCUUUCCUGUACGUAGAAAUGCUUUGUGGUAGGCUAAUCUGUGUUGAAAAGACAACCACAUUUUUAAGAUGGUUAAAAGAUAAAAGCAACAUAUAUUGUCACAUCUUAAGUUAGCUAAUGUUAACAAAACACUAGCAAACAAGCUAGCUAAUCUAUACCAAUCGUUACAUGGUAGUUAGCUGGCUAGUUAGCUAGCUUUUGUUAACAUUAGCUAACAUAGCUACUGUAAGCUAAGAUGUGACUACAUGUCGCUGUUGUCUUUUCAACAUAUAUUAGCCUAGCACAUAGCAAAUCUAAGUACAGGAAAGGAGGAAGUUGACUGAGGUUCCAAAAUGGGCGGGCCUUUAAAAGGGUCAACUCCAGGUGUAUUACAAUUUAUUGUCAUAGUUUUCAACAUUCCUGCCAAGGUCAUUUCUGAGAUCUGGGAAGACAAUAUGGCUGUCACCUUUUAUUUGCUCAAUGUGUAAAUAAGACAGUUUGCUAACAAGUUAACUGUAAAACAUUUUGUCACGUGCAUUUUCUAUUUUGUAGAGUUCUUCUGCCUGUUUUUCCUUUUGUCCAUCUGGGGGUAGCAGAAACAAGUUUUGAAUACAACAUUGACAUUAAGCAGUUACAGAGAAACAUUCAUUUGACGGUGUAAUUGAUACAUUGAUACAUAAAGCUAUUGAUUAUAGCCACUUUAAAGAAUUAUUCUAUCAUAUAAAUUGCCAUUGUUUCAGCAGUAAUGUUUGCCAAUGUUGGCCAUGUUGGUGGUUCACAUGUUGCUUUGCGUUCUUUCAACAGUUCAGUCGAAGCAACGCAUGCCUUGUCUUAAAUGCUGGGGAUUGACUUGUUGCGCCAAAACUGGUGUUUGUUGGUUUUUGAGUGCACACUCACACACACUAACAACUGGUAUCACCUGGCACUGAAGACCAGUCAAUAGCAGACAGCCACUUCAGUGCAUGGUUUAACCUGUACAUUUUAAGGGAAAGGGGGUUCACAGAAUUUUGUUUGUUUUACUCUACUAUUAUCUGACUAUUACUUAUACUGGACUCCAACAUAGUAUGUAGGUUAGGGUUCGACUGAUGCAUAGAGCAAUCUAGGCCUUUUAUUAAAUCUUACAUAUCGCCUGGUGGUGCAACCCCUCUGUCCACAGCUUCACAAAACAUCUGAAGAAACCUGAACUGGCAUGUUAUUGACCUCUUUGACAAGAGUUUGUUCGGGUUGUGAAAGAGACUAGGCACUAGUGAUUGAACAGCUGAGAACAAAAUAGGACAAAAAAAUCAUAUUGCGAUUAUUUCGAGAAAUAACAAUUAUUGAAAUCAUGAUGAUGUGAAAUCUGUUUGGGUCUGUACCAAACAAACAUUCUUUCUCAGAGAGAUUUGCAUGCCUGGGCAUCUGUGCAGCACUACAGCACUUCAUUAUAAUGCUGUUUGUCACAUGUUGUACCUUGCUGCCUUUGAUUUGGAUGUCGCCCUUGGCAAUACUGCGUGUUUGAUAAUAUUUCGAUAAAUUGUGCACCCCUAAUUGCCAGGUAUAAUUCUUGCCUCAAUUCUAAAACUCUAAAGUUUGUAGAUUUCAAUAAUGACCUCAAAUUACUGGAUCACCAGGGGCAUUGACUUUACAUGCUGUGGAGUUUUUGAUCGUGCCACGUGGUCUUCACACAGUUGCAAGCGUAGAUUUCCAUUUUUCUGAGCAUUCCAAGGACUUCCUGUCCAUAUCAGCUUGAAUGUUGAGUGUUUUUUGUUUGUGCUUGGCCUUGAAAGGAGCGGCUGACAGAACAAUCUCAACUCAAGGUUACUUAUGUGCUUGUUCUAGAGCUUUUGAUCUCAGCAACUGCUGUUUCCAAGGUGAUGAAUGAACUGUCAAGGUCAACUUUUAAGCCCUCACAGAUCCAGAGGUGCUCAGAUCAUGGCAAGUUUAAUACAAAAUAAGCUACUAUUUCCCAGAACCUCACUAGAAGAAGCACAUGGCCUUAGUACUCUUCCACAGGCGCCAGUAUCCUCCUCUAGAGAGCAGAUAGCAGUGGCUGCUGUACUGGGAUCUGCUGUUGCACACUUGUAGAUUGCUCGCUGUUCACAUGACGGGAGCUAAGGAAGGAAACAGUAAUGUCUUUCAUAGUGCUGUAUUUAUUUUACUUUUAGAGAUCUUUAUUUUCUAUGAGAAUAUUAUCACAGAUGUAUAUCUGCUAGAACUACAUAGACUACAGGAGCAGACACUGAGCUCCGCCACUGAGGUUGUCCUCUCCACCACACAUUCUCUGUCCCUCCUCUUCAUCCAGAACUACAUGUUCCACCUUUCUGUUCCUUUUUCUUCUUAAACAUUCCCUCCCUCUCCUCCUUGCCUGCACCUUAAACCCAACAAUUCCUUUCAACAGAGAACUAUCAUGAAAAACUUUAUGGAGAUUUGUUUUUGUUUUUUUUCACCUGUAAAUAGUUGUACAAAGGAAAUACUGUCAGUUUGCUAGGAGGCAUGGAGACUACAAAUGUAACAAAUUAUAAAAUGUUGAAAAAGAGACAAAGAUUAAAAAGACAUUUUGAUAGGCAGACUUCUGAGAAAAAAACGGUCGAGUGUAAAAAUAUUUAAGGCUGUAUCAUAAGGAGAAAGAGCUUAAUGUAUUUGUUGUGAAUAUGAAAACUGAUAUAUUAAAGAAGUGCAUGAAAACUGUA